AUACACAGAAGAAACCAGCACUUCUUCCGACUUGCACCCGCCCACAUCAUGCCUAAAUUAAUUUUAUCCCUGUCUUCCCAGCUUGAAGCUGCGAAGAGGCAGAUCGAGGAAAUCUCCAGGCGGAACCGCGAACUGGAGGCAGAGAAUCUAGAGCUCAGGGCACUACUUCUGAAGCACAGAGCACGACUCCCCCAACAACCAUGCCGGCCGAAAAUCAACAAGGGCUUCCUUCAACCAACUGUUUCUUCCCGGAGCCGAAGUGUUACAGCCACUCCUCAAGAACACACCCCAAAACACGCAGAUCCACGACGAAACGCCACGAUACACGGCAUCCCUUACCAAUACCAAGAUGGGAAGCUCGCCAGAAUAGGACCCUACAACUCUGGGUGGACUGGCUACAUGCUAUCUACAGCCUCCUCUCAAGCCAAGGCAAAGCCGAAGGCUGGAUGGGGGCCCGGAGCGUGGGUCAUUGGCUGGGAAAACCAGUGGACCACACCGACUACACCAACUACGCCAACUACGCCAACUACGCCAACUACAUCAACUACAUCAACGACAACUGAAGACACCAUGACAACCACAACUACACCAGCAACCACAGAUUCGGAUGGGCCAAGUGAGUCAACCCCUGAGCCAUUCACUCCUCUAACCAGCCCUACGGACGAAGAGGAAGUAGAACUAAACAGUAUCAGCGACGAGUCGCUGUCCUCUCGAUCCGAGCUCAACAGGGAGGUGCCCAACCACCUCCUCGACACGCCGAUGCGCAGCGAAACCAUCUACAACCACCUGCGGCGGCUGCUGCGUCUCGCGCAGGAGAUCUUCUUCGCCAACGUGGGGCAGCACAUGCCGUGGGCCGCGCGCAGGUUCCUCGGGCCGCACGAGGUGCAGUUCGGGCGGACGGAGAUGGAGCCGGUAGUGGCGUGCGCGGGCCACGACAUCCGCCGCGCCGUCGACGACGUCGCGGACCUGCGCAACACGGUGUCGCACUACGGCAACGGCGAGGCGUGCCACGGCGUGGGCUACUACGACCGGCUGGGGCGCGGCGUGCAGCGGCUGGCGGUGGCGCUCGGCGACGCGGCGGCGGCGCGGCGCGCGCGCCGGCUGCGCGACGCCUUCCUGGCCGCGGCCGACGCCGCCCGCCGCGAGGUCGAGGCCCUCGGCCUGCUCGCCGCCCUGCCCGGCGCCCGCCCCUGGCAGCCCCACCACGCGCAGGCCUUCCAGAGGAUCGUCGCCACGCCCUACGCCGCCGAGCGCCUGCCGCGGGGCGUGCUGCUGGCGGUGCGGGACUGGGACACGAGGCGGCCCAGGCCGAGUAGGGGCGCGUGGGCCCCCGGCGAUCUCGCGGAGCAGUGGGCGUGAAUACGAG